CAUCUCACCCAGUCGGUGGCUUCCACAUCUUUCUUUUUCUUUCAGGUCUCCACUCACUCUUCUCAAACCCUUCCGCCGAGCGAAAUGUCCUCCUCCUCCAUCCCUCCCAACACCUCCUCAGCCGCCGCCGCCCCCUCCAUAGGCCCUGCCAUCCCACCCAAUGUAGUCCGUCUUCCUGCCACUUCCCAGCUAGAGGCACUUCUGACGGUGAUCAGGGAUCAGAAGACGGCUCGAUCGGACUUCAUCUUCUACUCGAACCGCAUCAUUCGGCUAUUGGUAGAGGAGGGACUGAACCAUUUGCCGGUGACGGAGAGUACCGUCAUGACGCCUACAGGGCUGCCGUAUCGAGGAGUGGCAUUCGAGGGAAGAAUCUGCGGUGUCUCUAUCUUGAGAGCAGGAGAGGCCAUGGAAGCCGGACUGAGAGACUGUUGUAGGAGUGUGAGGAUUGGCAAGAUCUUGAUUCAAAGGGACGAGGAAACAGCAAAGGCGAAGCUCUUCUAUGCUAAGCUACCAGAGGACAUUGAAGAGAGAUGGGUGCUAUUACUGGACCCAAUGCUCGCCACGGGCGGCUCAGUGAUCAAGGCCAUCGACGUUUUGCAGGAGCACAAGGUGCCACUCUCGCGGAUCAUCUUCCUCAACCUCAUCUCAUCACCAGAAGGCUUGAAGAGUGUCCACGACAAGUACCCGGAAGUGCGCAUCAUCACUGGUUGGGUGGAUGAAGGGCUGAACGAGAAGAACUACAUUGUACCAGGUCUGGGAGACUUUGGAGACUCCUUCUUUGGUUGAGAGGGGGCGAUGCAUUAUUUAGAAGACCAAAGCGCCCAUUGUCACGCCAUGUUCUGCUGCCCGUCCAUGAUCUUCGUAUGAGUCUUGUUGGGGAGAGGAGGGAGGAGGACUCGUAGACCCACC